ACCAGCAGGAUGACUAGAGGAGCUGGGAGUGUGUACGUAGCAGUGUGUGCCUCUGUGUGUGUGCUUCAGCUGUGACAGUGGUCCCCAUGUGUGUCUCUGCUGACCGCCACAGUCCUCCUUCCCACAGGGGAGACUUUCUCAGAAUGCAAAUGGCGUGAGUGGUCAAGAGCAGGGGAGGGAGGAAGUUUGUCAGCAGCACGUCCGAGCCUUGGAGAACUCAAUCCACUCUGCACGCUCUGAGUCCAUCCAGGAGGGGAGAACCAGCAGUAGCAGCUUCACACUGAGGAUUUGUGUUUUUGUUGAUUGACUGCAGGUCAGAGGAGUGGAGACGUUUGCAGUGCAUCAGAGCUGAAGGUUCCUGGCUGAAUAUAAGGCUGGAGUUGCUGUAAUGGACGACCAGUGUGUGUCCCACAGCAGUCCUCAACGCGGUGGAGGUCAGAGCAGCACUGAGGUUCAAAGGUCGGAUGUCCUUAGGUGUGGCUGGCUCAGGAAGCAAGGAGGGUUUGUGAAGACUUGGCACAGUCGCUGGUUUGUGCUGAGAGGGGAUCAGCUCUGCUACUACAAAGAUGAAGAGGAGACCAAAGCUCUGGGAAUUAUUUUUUUACCUGGAAACAAAGUUACAGAACAUCCAACCAGCGGUGAUGAAGGAGGCAAAUUUCUUUUUGAGGUCAUUCCAGGGGGAGAUAAAGAGCGGAUGACCAACAACCAUGAGACCUACCUACUUAUGGCCAGCUCCCAGAAUGACAUGGAGGAUUGGGUGAAGACAAUACGGAGGGUCAUCUGGGCACCUUUUGGUGGWGGGAUCUUUGGUCAGAAGUUGGAGGAGACUGUCCGGUACGAGCGCCGAUUCGGGAACAAGCUGGCUCCCAUGCUAGUGGAGCAGUGUGUGGACUUCAUUCGGCAGUGGGGUCUUCAAGAAGAGGGUCUCUUCAGGCUGCCAGGACAGGCCAACCUGGUCAAAGAGCUGCAGGAUGCUUUCGAUUGUGGAGAGAAACCAUCUUUUGAUUGUAACACAGACGUGCACACCGUAGCCUCUCUUCUGAAGCUGUACCUCAGAGAACUGCCCGAGCCUGUCAUCCCCUUCCAGAAGUAUGAAGAGUUCCUGGCCUGUGCCAAACUCCUGAGCAAAGAUGAUGAAAUGGGCAUGAAGGAAUUAAAAAGGCUUGUGGAAAGUCUACCUCCAGUGAACUACAACCUCCUCAAGUACAUUUGCAGAUUUCUUGAUGAAGUCCAGUCUUAUUCAGGAGUGAAUAAAAUGAGUGUCCAGAACUUGGCCACAGUUUUUGGGCCAAAUAUCUUGAGGCCAAAGAUUGAGGAUCCAGUGACAAUUAUGGAAGGAACCGUUCUGGUUCAGCAACUCAUGGCUGUUCUGAUUGGUCGCCACGACGUUCUUUUCCCGAGAGACAAAGAUGAGCCGACAUCCCUGGAACUUGCUAACAACAACCACAUUGAGCAGCCAAAGAGACAAGCCGCCGCAACUACCUCACCCAUCAUCGCCGUGUCCCAGAAUGCAGAGAACAACAACACGCAGGGGGUCCGGCAGUGUGUUUGGGAAGCACCCGAGUCUCAUUCAAACCGCCAACAAGUCGACAACAGGGGCUCCUCGCGAUCAGCAAGCCCCCAAAAGGUUGUCCCAGGACACUUUGACACGACCCGUAGUCCACCCCUAACCAUAAAGAAGAACCCAGCUUUCAGUAAAGGCAGUGGGAUCGUUACAAACGGCUCCUUCAGCUCCUCCCCCUCCUCAGAUCCUACGCUAGAUAAGAGCCAGGCCCUGAUGGGAGGCGGGAGUUUACCAGUUCGUCGCAGUGGGACACUAAAAGGCUCGGGCACAAAAAUGGGCACCAGUGGGGUGACGAGUGGAGGCAGUCCUGCAGGGAAUGGGACUGGCGUUGUGCGCACUGGUAUCUCAGGCUCUGAUGGGAUCACAGGAACUCUGAACAAUCGCAACGGUCUCUGGGUACAAAAUGGCUGCGUCAUGCUCCGAGAGAGCAACAAGACACGCCACUGCUCCCACGGGGAACAAACAGCCAGUCAGAAUCGCCUGUCCACGUACGAUAACGUGCAGUUAAACCACCAGAACCUGCAGAAUCAGACCACCAACACGUGUCUGAGUACCAGCUGUGAGGACAAGCAGAGCGUGGAUAGUGCCACUUGGUCCACAUCCUCCUGCGAAAUCUCCCUCCCCGACAACUCCACUUCCUGCCGCUCCUCCACCACCACCUGCCCCGAGCAGGACUUCUACGGCGGUCAUUACGAGGACCUGGAUGGACCGGCACAGGAUGGCGAUCCUCUCCAGACCGGUGGUGGAGGAGGAGAGGGGGGUGGCAGGAACAGCAACGGGGAAGGGGGUGGUGAUGGAGCUGGGGGUAGUAGUCGGGGCACCAGCAGUAGUGAGACCAGUGAGGGUUUCACUAUUGGCAAUGGACCUGGCAGCCACAGCGCUCUGCACAGUCUAGUGGCCAGUCUUAAACAGGAGAUGCACAAACAGAAGUCUGAGUACGAGGCCAGGAUCAAAAGCUUGGAGCAGCGUAACCUGGAGCUGGAGACGGAGAUGGUGAACCUCCACGAGGAGCUGGACCAGGAGAGGAAGAAGUACACCAUGGUGGAAAUCAAGCUACGCAACGCCGAGCGUGCCAAGGACGACGCUGAGCGGCGGAACCAGAUGCUGCAGAAAGAGAUGGAACAGUUUUUCUCCACAUUUAGUGACCUCACCGCAACCGGCAACACCCCGGCCACCGACCCCCGCCGAACAGACCGCAACAACACCAUCUGGAUCCAGUGAAAGGAAGAUGGAGAACUGCCUUUGAAGACUGAAGUUACGUACAUUAUGUUGUCAUCGCUGAAGUAACGUGAAACAGGAAGUUGCUGCUGAUUGAAGAAGGAGGUGGAAUGCAAAAUAUAAUGGCACGUUUUAUUUUAAGAAAUUGAAAGUGUACAGCUAGUAAAGUUGACCUGUAUAAAUGUAGCAUCACCUGGAGUGAUGCUAAACAAACAUUAUCUGUACAUACCAUUAUUUAAAAACCUCAUGGAGACUCUUUAACCUCUGAAAUCGGUGUGGUUCUCAUUUAGGACAAAGGAACACUUCACCUCAGUUUGUGAUGAGAUUUGGUACAAUGUUUUACAGUCAGCUUGUUGGGCCUGAAAGAUGGAAGGGAAGGAAAAAUGUGAAAGAAUGUAAAGAAAUGCCAAACGCCACGCAGAUUUAGCUCUUUUAAAUGUGUCCAGUGUCAUUCUAUAUGUAUAUAGAGGGAAACAAUGCAGACAUUUGUUUGUAAAAAGAAAUGAAACGAAAACUUAAAUGUUAGUAUCUAAGCAAAGUUAUCAAUGUGAUAUUUUAUAUUUUCUUGCACUUACAUGUCUGUCCAGCCUCUGCAAGUAGGUACUGAAUGUUCUAUCAAUGUGUUUGAAAUCGGAGAGUACGCUGUAAAUUUGCCUGUGCCUCUGUGCUGUUACAUUUGUUCAUGACCAAAACAAAAAAAUAAGGAAUCUGUUCUGUAAAUAUUUUAUAGAUUAUUGAAGACACUACUUGUUAGUCUGCACUGUGGUUUGACAAAUGUUCAAAUGGAUACGGCACAAAUUAAGUUAAGACUGACGGAGGUUUUUGUAGCUUUUAAAAAAAUUAACUUUAAGCCUAGUGCAAUUGAUGUAUUUCACAAAUAAGGAACAAGGAUUGACUUUUCAAGAAAUUUGGAGUAAAACUAGCUGACAAAACAGGUUUUCCUUCUAAACUGUGAAUAAAAGGACAGUGGAGCGAUUUAAAAAAUGAUCUGAUAAAACGUAUGAACAAAUAAUACUGUAUAUUCUAUGUUGAUGACUUCACAGAACCCCUCUCAAAAAGGCCAAACUGUCCCUUUAAUCACUGAGCAAAACACCCAGCUGUAAGAUUCAGCUGGAAAUGUGUGUAUGAAAGUGCAUGAGUCAACCUGGUUGGUGGGACUUUGUAUUAAUAAAGUGUAUUUAUGUGGCCUUAAACCAAAUGUCUGCACGCAGUGUGCAUUUGCUGAGGGGUAUAAAUCCACUGCUGAGCUCCAGCUGUCAGACGAGGGUUCUGUUGGCAGACCUGCUGCUGCUUCACGACUAAAAAAGACCAGAUCCUAUUAAAAAAAACCUGCUGCUGGUCAUUGCAGGACAUGUGGAAUGCGUCGCAUCCACGGGGGUAAAAAAUAAGUGCCCGGACAACCAAAGAAAAGGAGGGACGCAUGCAACUUCUCACGUUGCACCCGUCACCAUGAAAUAAUAGGCUUACUGGAGCUGUCACCUCUGUGAAUUCAACACAAAAGAGCAGAUUAUGAACUGACUGGGAUGCUGAAACAUCUUCGAGACACGAGGCUUGGUAUUCGGAGGAACCUUAAAAAAUGUCAAAGAAUAAAGAUAAAUUUACCCACAA